UAAUGUGUUUCAUCAAUGGAUGAUACACUACGAGGGGACUCCCUUAUCGCGACCGCGGCGCUGGCGCGUGUUCAUGACCUUAUAAACAACGCGCAUUCCAAAUUCAAAUCAUUCACGCGCUUGAAACUGCAAGAGCAAGACGUGCCUCCAAACAGCUUAUUUAAUUUAUUAGUUAAAGUUUACCUUUCAAAAAUGAAGAAGUAUUCAGUCGUCGGCAAUAAGAAGAAAGUGACCAUGGAGAGUAAUCCAACAAGUCUCAAAGUUAUUGGCAACAAUUGUAUAGUGAGAGUGACUAACAAUCAAGGAGAAAUCGAAGUGAUUGGCAAUGAUUGUAAAGUUGAUGUAAUAGAAAAUCUGGGAACGAUCAAUUUAGUUGGAAGCGGCGGUAUUGUGACCGUUCACAGAAGAUGUAGAGGCGAUAAGGUGUCUAUGGUUGGGCCCAAUUGCCAUCUAAUGGUUGAUGGUAAAGACAAAUCAACUACAACCCACGAAGCCCAACUAUCCCCCUUCAGCAAGGACCUGGACGACGUCAUCGAGUCAAUAUUCUCCUUCGUGAUGCGCUGAACUUUAGAAGAAUAAACUAGGUUUUUUAUCAUGCUGAAUUUGUGUUCCCAGGAAAAAUAUUGGGUUUAUUUCGUGUCGCGUUUCCGUAACGUCGAAUGAGGACAAUGUGGUUUUUCUGUGCUUCCGUAAAGUGACUGAAGGAUGCUCCAGUGAAGAGGUUUAAAGUGGUUACUGGUUACCUAAUAAAGUCAUUUGCUUCGUAA